AUGAUGUGGUCGUCUCGGCGUCCACCGCCGCAGGGGCGUUUGCUCGAGGACGAGCGCGACGAUUGUUCCGCAGCGGUUGACCCUCGUUUCGACCGGUGGCGGGAGAACCUGCAAAUCAACUUCAGCAAUGGAAUUCCCGUCGCACCAUCUUCGGCGAGUAACGGGAUGAGGACGAACAGUGUGAGCACCACACUCGUGUCGACGACGAGUCUGAACGGAGGUAUCGCAUCUGGGGCCGAGCAGGAUGCAGCUACCGGUAGUAAUGGUGACAAGACGCGAAGUUUCGCGGCCCUACAGAAGUUCAAGAACAGUGGCAACGACCUGUCCGACAUUCCGGACGAUUUUGUGCUGCCGACCGGCUCCGUGAAAAAGGGCCAGAAGUACUUCAAAAAGUACUGUCGCCAGUGCCACAGCAUCUACAGCGAUAACCGAGCGAGUCCAUUCGUCCAACCGCUAGGCCCCACCAUGUUCGAAGUGUGCGGACGGGUAAGUACUAUUUUUAGUCAAAGAGUGAUCGUGUUAAUUAUUAAUGAUUUUUGUCUCUGCUUCCGAGAUUUGGAUUUCUAAUAUGUUCUUUGAGGACCACACGACCCACGGCACUCAGAUUGAUCAGUGAAAUUUCUCGAUUCAGUGCUACUUCCGCAGCGCAACUUGCGCAAAGCAGUAUGCUUCUGAAUGUUUACUAACAAAAAUCGUUUUCGACUCAGGCAUCCGGAAUGGAAGAAGGUGCAAUCCGCGAGCUGAAUGAGAAUCGUCGUGCCUCGGAUAUUCUUUGGACGGACGCCGCCCUCAUGAACUACAUGAAGAAUCCGCGUCUCACCGCCGGCGGGCCGACGCAAAUGUCCUUCCCCGGAAUUCGAAACAUCCAGAUUCGGGCCGAUAUCGUUCACUACCUCCACACCCUGAACGCGGAACAGAGCCCCGAGUUGGUCAAUUUCAACUUCAACCAGGGAAGGCGGUUUCGAUAAAAAAACGAGAUACGAAGGUAGAAAAUUUAGCAUAGCACGGACGUGGACUCUGACGUUUCUAGUUUCGAGCAACAUGAUCACCCCCGCGGUGGAUGAAGAAAAGCAAAACACGAUGAAAUGGACAUAAUCUCCCGGCUCGUGCCUCCACAGCAGAAGGCGGGCAUAUCAUGAAAC